GAUUUUCAUAUGCCCACAGAGCAACCAGUGCGUGGGACGGUAGAGAACAGAGCCGAGGGUCACUUGUCACAAAUGCCUUUGUGUCUGCCUGCGGUCCACAGAAUGAUGUGGUGGACUCUGGAUCUGGAGUUUGGGGGAGCCGAAGCAGAGCAACUUCUGAUUCUAUUCUACUACCAAACCAACCAUCGCAAGGGAUUUGGUGGCAGAGGAAUCUUUCUUUUCUUUGUAGUAUAUGAUGAAGCUGAGGUUCACUUCACUGGCCUAAUGUCCCGGACAAACAUUCCAAAGAGAAAACAGGAGAAGAGAAGCCAUGGGGGGAAGAGGUGGCGAUCCCCAAACAGGGCCGCUGCUGGAGAAGCUCCCGGAGCCCUCUUGCAGUUCAUCCGAGCCCGAGGAGCAUCCGGUCAAACGAACUGGCACGGUAUGGACGGCGUCCGCGCACAUCAUCACGGCGGUGGUCGGCUCCGGCGUGCUGUCGCUGGCGUGGAGCGUGGCUCAGCUCGGCUGGGUCGGGGGGGCGGCGGCCAUAGUGUUCUUCGCGGGGGUCACCGUGGUGCAGUCCUCCCUGCUCGCCGAAUGCUACGUUUCAAGAGGAGAUCCGGAGCGUGGCGGCCUUAUCAGGAACAAGUCCUACAUGAACGCCGUGAGGUUUUACCUAGGUGAGAGGAGACAGAUGUUGAGCGGAUUUUUCCUUAGCAUCAGCCUGUUUGGGAGCGGCGUGGUGUAUACUCUCACCACAGCCACUAGUAUGAGGGCGAUUCACGAAGCGAACCGCUACGGCCGGGAAGGCCAACAGCAGGGCGCACCGUUCUCCACCGCCACCGCCGGGGGCUCAGACGUCUACUACAUGCUCCUGUUCGGCCUCGCGCAGGCAGUGCUGUCGCAGAUACCGGACUUCCACAACAUGGCGUGGCUCUCCGUCUUCGCCGCCGUCAUGUCCUUCUUCUACUCCUUCGUCGGCUUCGGCCUCGGCGCCGCCAAAGUGAUCGAAAAUGGGGUGAUCAAGGGGGGAAUCGGAGGCAUUCCCCUGGCAUCCCCGAUGCAGAAGGUGUGGCGCGUCGCACAGUCCCUCGGGGACAUCGCCUUCGCCUACCCUUACACCUUGGUGCUGCUGGAAAUAGAGGACACGCUGAGGUCGCCGCCGGCGGAGAGCAUUACGAUGAAGGCGGCGUCGAGGGCCAGCAUCGCGAUCACCACCUUCUUCUACCUCGGCUGCGGGUGCUUCGGCUACGCGGCGUUCGGCGACGGCACGCCGGGGAACCUCCUCACCGGCUUCGGCGAGCCCUACUGGCUCAUCGACCUCGCCAACCUCUGCGUCGUCCUCCACCUCCUCGGCGGCUACCAGCUGUACAGCCAGCCGGCGUUCGCGCUCGUGGAGCGACGCUUCGGAGCCGAGGCCUGGGUCGUCGAGGUGCCGCUGCCGCUGCUCCGCUGGCGGCGCAGCGUCAACGUGUUCCGGCUGUGCUUCCGCACGGCGUACGUGGUGGCCGUGACGGCGGUGGCCGUGUGGUACCCCUACUUCAACCAGGUGGUCGGGCUCAUCGGCGCCUUCACCUUCUGGCCGCUGGACAUCCACUUCCCCGUCCAGAUGUACCUUGCGCAGAACAAGGUGGCGCCGUGGACGACGCGGUGGCUCGCCAUUCAGGCCUUCAGCGCCACCUGUUUGCUUGUCGCCGUCUUCGCCUCGGUUGGCUCCGCCGUGGGGGUGUUCGGCCCCAACAGAAGCUAGCUAGCCUAGUACAUAUGCGGUUCGAUCUCUUAAUUUUCUUCAGGUGGCAACUGCAGCAACCCUGAUUUUUGCGUAGCUAUGGAUGUGUUAAUUUGUCUAAGAAAAGUAAAUUCUGCCCUAUGAAAAGCAACUUUCAAAAAAUAUAUACACUUCCGAUCUAUUCAUGAAACAACAUGGUAGUACGAAGAGCACAAAAGUAAUAAAAAUAACGUUCAUUUUCAUAGGCCACUUAGUGACGAUUAGAACAGUGAAACGGUCCGAAGACGCACUGCCGUCAUCACCCGAGCUCUAAGAGACUCUAAGAGCAUCUCUAGCCGAUCCCUAUCCCACUUCCCAAUUAAGGAACCACUGUUGCUCAUCUAGCAGAUCCUCUAUCCUAAAAGUUAGUUGAUUUUUCAGUGUUGUCUUUCGUGCAAACUAGGUAUCAAGUUUCUCCACAGAUUUUGCAAUGGUGUUGAAAAAAGACUGACACACGUGGAAUCGGCUCUGAAAAUAGCAAAGGUAAUAUAUUUAAGUCCCCGCAAAAUAAUCUCUCACUAAACCAUCAUGACACAUGGCGGUCUCGAAAAACCAUCCUUAAACCUAAUUGAGAACCAUGCCGUGGGAUGCGGAUUUUUAGAACAUCUGCGCCGGGGCCGCGUUAUCCCAGCGGUAGAAUCUUUCCACUGUACCUCGAGAUGCCUGACAAGUAAACCAGUUUUGUUGGAACUGUUACCGUGUAGCAGGCUAUUACGGUCGUGUGUGGUCACGUGGGUUCUGCUCCAUUUUGGCUCAGGGUAGCUUUGUCUUCCACCGCCGCCCCCUCUCCCGCUGCAAGCCCGUGACCACAUCUGACUCUCUCUUUUCUCGUUCUUUGACUUAUAGCUAGAUGGAUGGGCUGCAAGGCGGCGAUUCGAUGGCGCUGGCGCUCGGCCGCGACAUCAAUCCGCCGGCGCGGCGAUAGAUCCAACAUCGCCGCCGGCAAUCCAAUCUUAUCGGUGUGUGUGCUACUCCAUCCUGUGCUGGAAGAAUCAGGAGCACACCAGCGCCCGAGCAGUAAUGGUGGCAAGCCGAGCGACGGCGGCUGGGCGGAUUCCGAUACGGGACUCACGCCGGAGUCGAGAGUAGCUGCUUUCGCCCGGAUCCAAGGCCAUGGAGUGCCUUGAUUGCAAGAACCCGUAUGCUGUGUGUAGAGAUGUCGAGGGACCAAGUUGCCACAUAUCUGUUCCAAUGACAACUUUCUAUUGGUUUGAAUCUGUAAGACCGAGUCAUCACGAUGUUGCUCUACUGCUUUUCAACCUUGACAAACUGCCAUGCUUUUGGUCCCAUCAUUUGCGGUUUGUUCCAUGCUGCAACAGGCAAGUUCUUGGAGCAUAUAUUGAACAUAUGCAAUCCGUUGCGACCAAAGAAAAUAAGCCUGUGGGUAACCCAAUUUUCGCAACAAGAGAACUACUGGAGUAUGAAGUUAUGAUCGACCAUGGAGAUAAAAGGACCAGAAUUCAUGAAAUCGGUUGGCAAAGGUUUCUUGAUGAGUAUGCAGUGCGGCUUGGUGACAUGGUAUAUAUCUGCCUCCCUCGUGGUAAUGGGAGAUUUUUUGUGGAGGUUGAGAGGGGUGGUAUAAGGCAACUCCCACUUCCUUGUCAGUAAGAUUUACACAUCGUAUUUGCAAAACUGAUCUGGCACUCCUUGUCAAGCAUUUUACAUUUCACUGAAUAAUCUGUUUUUUGGCUUUUUAAAAUGUGAUUCUGGCGAGCGUUGAAUGGACUACCCCUGCUGCAUGAUGAUACAGGUUCCCAUGUAACGGCUUCUUUCAAAAAGGCAAACGAUGGCAGACUUCCAUACACGGACAACUUGAUUUGGAGGAAGACGAUCUUGUGGUUAUCACAAUUCACAGGCACUGGGUCUCCCUCCACAACAGUCCGGAUCUGCAUCCUAUCUUAAACUACUAAAUUAUGCCUAAUAUGCACUAGGGGCAAUACCGAUAUAUAGCUCACGGGAUGCUUGUUUCUUCUGUGUAAGUCGUCGUUUAAGGAUUUGUGGCAUUGUCAGUGUGGUCUAUGGCUAUAUGUAAGUUUGAACCUAUGCAGUAUCCGUGUCUAUUUUUAAGUUUUAGUGGCAUGUGACCAUCAAUGAUCA